AUGUCCGUGAGGCUUGCUGCUUGCGAGCCCUGCCGGCUUUCUAAGCUUGCCUGCAACCACGAGCGCCCUGUUUGCUCCAGGUGUAGCUUCCGUGGGCAAGGUAGGAGUUGUACGUACAGAGACCGGCCGUUCAAGCGCAGGGAGCGAAGAAAUGGGACGACUCCUGGCGUGGGCAGAGCUUCACCGCAGAGCCCGAUAUCCCCCCCUGAGCAACUCCUCACGGCGCCGAGGCCUCAUCAUUAUCCGAAUCCUGGGUACCUCGGGCAUUCUAGCCAUUCGGCAAUCUUCAACCAAGUGAAUGCAACCGAUACGUCUCCCGGUGGCGAUCCUGGUAUUCUCCCGUUAGAGGUGGAGGCCCCUCUCGGGACGGAUGAUGUCUUCAAGGAUCAGGAUGUCGCCCACAAAGCCAUCCAAGCAUUGAGUCAAUUGGUUCAAAUGGACGUUCCCAGCAUAUGCGGACUAGUAAAUGACUGGAUCGGGCGAAAUGUGAAUCUGCCUCUGGCCGAACCUUUCGUACCGGGGAGCAUUGAGGCUGCGCGUGCAUUUUGGGAGCUCCGUGGUCAUGAGUGCGGCGGCAGUGCUCAGAUCUCCGACCAAUGGAUAACCAGAAAAGCACGGUUUCUGCUCAGAAAUAGCAGAAGGCAAAUCAGACUAGAGAGAGAUACGACUGUGAGUGAAUACAUGGCGCAGAUCUUCGACGACUGCCUGCGCUGGGAGGUCCUAGGUAUUUUCUUCACCGCAGCCUCUCGUGCCGCCCUGGAUACGGACUCAUGGCCGGGUCUGUAUUCCAACUUUGAAGAGAAGCGGCAUCUUAUCAAGGCUGUGGCCUAUAUAAGUGACUGCUGUCUCGAGAUUUGUCUCUCUCUUGAUUGCCUCAAUGAUCUGCAGGCAGUUCUUCAAUACGAGAACCUGAUUGUUCACUCACAGGUGGACGGAGACCAAAGCUAUCAAUUCUGGCGUAAAAUAGGUGAUGCCGCAAGCACAUUCUUCGCCCUCGGAUUCCACGAAGUCAUCGAUGAGAACUCAGCUCGAAUUCCUCUCUUCGUGGCUGAAUUACGAAGAGCCAUUUCAGCUCGAACAUAUUCUGCGGAUAAGAAGAUUUCAGUAUUCUUGGGCCGCCCUCCGCGCAUUGUGAAAGCGCAUUGUACCUUGCAGUUGCCUCGAAACAUCCCGGAUCUUUGGAACGAUGACGCGCAAGAGUCACAUUUACGAUACAUGCAUACAGAUAUUCCCCCAUCUGAGUUCACAACAUUCGAUUCUCUUGAGAAGAUCAACUACACCGCGGAUACUCGAUGUAAUGCUCUCUUCUCCGCUAUCAAAGAGGAGAUCAUAGAACUCUUCCGAACCCGCCACUCUCAUGACCAAGUGGCCAAAAUAAGUUCUCUGCAGCAAGCUGUUGAAAAUAUUUGGCAAAGCUUCCCAGUUCGCUUCAAAUUGUCGACCAGCCUCCGAGACAGCCCUUCCAAUUCGUUUGAACGUGAUUUUCUCGUCGGAACCCGUCUCGAAUACUUGCACAAUCUUCUCCUUCUGGACCUGAUCUCUCUCAAGAAUUCUACAGGCCCCAGUGAGGCUCUCCUCGCGGUCGCGGGCGAGAUGUUGUCUUAUUCAGUUGAACUCAUCAUACUACGGCACACACUGGUCAACUCCGGAACAUCUCUAAUCUGGAAGAUCUCCCAAUAUGGCCUCCCAGCUGCCGCUGCCGUGUCGCUGUCGCUUCUUAACCCAGCAACAAUCUUCAACUCCAAGUCCAGCUCCCGUUCCAACCUCAUCCAAAAUCUCAGCAUCUUCGUUGGAGAGUUCAAGGGAAACACCUUCAUCCAACCCAGUGAACCUAACUACGCACUGUUCGCCCGGGCCACGAGGACAAUUCAAAGCAUACUUGACGCGGUGCUGUCCAGUCCAUUACUACCAUUGCCGCAACAACAGCCUGUGCCGGUAUCCAACGAUCCCACCACCGCCUUCACGUAUUAUUGGGAUCCAUGGGAGUGCGAAAAUGACUUCUGGGCGAACCUGGCGGAGCAUCCGAAUCUUCUGGGGUCAUAA